CACUAUGUCUGGACGUGGGAAACAAGGUGGCAAAGCCCGCGCCAAGGCUAAGACUCGGUCUUCUCGUGCCGGACUUCAGUUCCCUGUGGGCCGUGUUCAUCGCCUACUUCGCAAGGGCAACUAUGCCGAGCGAGUCGGGGCCGGCGCUCCAGUGUACCUUGCUGCAGUGCUGGAGUACCUGACAGCCGAGAUCCUGGAGUUAGCGGGCAAUGCGGCCCGCGACAACAAGAAGACUCGCAUCAUUCCGCGCCACCUGCAGCUGGCGAUCCGUAAUGACGAAGAGCUCAACAAGCUUCUUGGCAAAGUCACCAUCGCGCAGGGCGGCGUUUUGCCCAACAUCCAGGCUGUACUGCUGCCCAAGAAGACUGAGAGCCACCACAAGACCAAAUAG